UCGAGUAAAGUUUUGAACAAUCAACCCACCUUCCACCUCCAAAAACAAAGAAACAAAGUCAAAUAUAGACAAUUCAACCAGCCUCCAUUCCAAUUCCAACCCAUUUUGCCUCACAAAAAUCGCAUGCUCUGACUAGGAAAAAUAAAUGGAAACCCUAACCUUCUCUCGCCGUCCGGUCUCAUUCAAUCCUCGUCCCUCCAGUCUCUACAGUUUCCGCCGACAAAGCCAUUCAACAUCUCUCACUCUCUUCAAUGCCCCUACGGGAAGUGUCCGUACGCUCAAAUGCUCAGCUUUCUCACUUCCAUCAUCAGUCGACCACUCGGUGAAGUUCAAGGAAGCUGCCAAGCAUGGGAAUUUGAUUCCAUUGUACAGGUCUAUAUUCUCAGAUCACUUAACUCCGGUCCUCGCUUACCGGUGUUUGGUUAAGGAAGAUGACAGAGAAGCCCCUAGCUUUCUGUUCGAGUCGGUUGAGCCGGGUUUGACGGUUUCCAAUGUUGGGCGAUAUAGUGUAAUUGGGGCACAGCCAACAAUGGAAAUUGUGGCCAAAGAAAAUAUGGUUACAAUUAUGGACCACCAUGAAGGACGGAGGACAGAGGAGUUUGUGGAGGAUCCAAUGGUUGUUCCUCAGAGGAUUAUGGAGAAAUGGAAACCUCAACGUAUCAAUGAGCUCCCUGAAGCAUUUUGUGGUGGAUGGGUAGGUUAUUUCUCGUAUGAUACUGUGCGUUAUGUAGAGAAGAAAAAGCUGCCAUUCUCAAACGCCCCGGAGGAUGAUAGAAACCUUCCUGAUGUUCAUCUUGGCCUUUAUGAUGAUGUGAUAGUGUUUGAUCAUGUGGAGAAGAAAGCAUAUGUGAUACACUGGGUGCGAUUGGAUCGAUUUUCCUCUGCGGAUGAGGCCUUUAAGGAUGGAAUGAAUCGGUUGGGAAGUUUAGUUUCUAGAGUACAUGAUAUAAUUCCGCCAAAGUUGGCUGCAGGUUCUAUUCAACUAUAUACUAGCCUUUUUGGGCUGUCACUGAAGGAGUCAACCAUGACAGGAAAAGAUUACCAGAAGGCAGUUUUAGAGGCUAAAGAACAUAUCCUAGCUGGGGAUAUUUUUCAGAUUGUACUAAGUCAGCGCUUUGAGCGGCGAACUUUUGCUGACCCAUUUGAGGUCUACAGAGCAUUGAGAAUUGUCAACCCAAGUCCAUAUAUGACUUAUUUACAAGCUAGAGGUUGUAUUCUGGUUGCUUCAAGUCCAGAAAUUCUUACGCGUGUGAAGAAGAGAAAGAUCACUAAUCGACCCCUUGCUGGAACUAUUAGAAGAGGGAAGACUCCUAAAGAGGAUUAUAUGAUGGAAAAACAGCUUCUGCAUGACGAAAAGCAAUGUGCGGAGCACAUUAUGCUGGUUGACUUGGGAAGGAAUGAUGUUGGAAGGGUCUCUAAACCUGGUUCUGUGAACGUUGAAAAGCUAAUGAACAUCGAACGCUAUUCCCAUGUCAUGCACAUUAGUUCCACGGUUACUGGAGAGUUACUUGAUCAUCUUACCAGUUGGGAUGUUCUACGUGCCGCGUUGCCUGUUGGAACAGUUAGCGGCGCCCCCAAGGUUCUGCAAUAUUUGAACUCUUCCCAUUAUAAGUAGCAAAUGCAUUAAGAAUUCUCUGUUGUCUAUGUAAAAUAUAGGUAUGCUCUUUGGUCUUCCCAAUACCUAGUGCCAUUCAAGCUGUCUAAUCUCAAGUCCAAAACAAAAACUGCCAAAAGCAGUAUAUCCCAAAUAUUCAAGGUAGUGGGAUAAUGCUCUAGCACUUGUUUGUAACAUGCAAUCAGCAUGCACAAAUGCAGACCUAGGUCCAAACAAGGGAAUUUGACAGAAUGCUAUUGUAGUCUCCAUCCCCUUUAGUCCACGGCAUUUACUUUAGUUGGGCCACACAAAGGCCCGUAUUUUUAUAUUGAGAAGGGGACUCAUCAUCGAGUGAAAUAUGCAUGGAAAGGGUACCGGCCCGUUCUUUGCGACAAGAGUUUGCUUAUUUUUUCGUAUAUUCAGUAACGUUGAUGCAAAGUGUAGCCUUGCAACGGUGUUUUGACAAAAUUCAUAUUGUAUUAUUGUUACACUGAAGUUAGCCAGCUAUAAAUUGUGAUACUUCACGUGACUUUAGAGCAUGUACUAAAACAUCAUAUAGUGAUUAACUUAUCAUUGUGGCCUCACGAGUAGUUCAUACGUGGUUCUUAUCAUCAGCUGUGCCGCGAUACAGGUGAAAGCCAUGGAAUUGAUUGAUCAGCUGGAAGUCACCAGGCGUGGGCCAUAUAGUGGUGGAUUUGGAGGCAUUACCUUUUCUGGUGAUAUGGACAUGGCUCUAGCUUUGAGGACCAUUGUAUUUCCAACUGGAAUACGUUAUGAUACAAUGUACUCGUACAAGGAUGCGAACAAACGACGAGAUUGGGUUGCCCACCUUCAGGCUGGGGCAGGUAUAGUGGCUGAUAGUGAUCCUGGUGAUGAGCAGAGAGAGUGUGAGAGCAAAGCUGCUGCUCUUGCCCGUGCCAUUGACCUUGCAGAGUCAUCAUUUGUUGGGAAAUAAUAUUUUUGAUCCGCCUGUAGAGCUAGUUGUGUUUUCUGGAAUUCCCAUGUGAUCGAGUAGAACCGGAAACAUGAUUUACGUGGGCGACCUCAAAUAAUUGGGAUAAAUCUUUGCUGGGUUGAGUCGAGUUGAAACUAAAAGAGAAGAUUUAAGAUGUCUCAUGUAAGGGAAAGAUUGGACACAUAAUGACUGAUUUAUCUAUAGCCUUCAAGUGGAAUGUCUUUGAGCCAAGAGUCUACAGCCUCCGACCUGCGGUUGAGUUUGGUUUGCAUCUCUUUUAUCAUCGUGGACAAAACACAUGGUAGAAAUUGAUGAGCAUUGCCUUUUUGGUGUACGAGGUUUCAGAGCCUGCUAGGUUCGAAUCAUCCUUAAAGUUUUGUUGCUAUAGCUUUGCAGUUUGUGUUUACCCCAAAAAAAGGAGGUUUUGUAGUUCUUAUGCACUCAUCUCUUUUUUAUCUUGUUUUGUUCUUCCUUUUUCUAUCAAAUAGGGAAAAACGUUCUAGGCUUCAAGAAUGUGGAUGCAACAGUAAAUUCAAUCACAUGAGGAUUUAAGGUCGUGUUGUUGGAUGAGGCUGUGGAUGGUACUGAAAAAUUUGUAUCAGUUUGGUUGAAUCAGAUUUUG